AAGCCAUAAAUUGUAAUUAAACAAGGCCAACUAGAGACAGUGAAGCUAAACUUUUUUGGCCAACGAGCCAAAAACACGACGAUUUCUUUUAUUUAUUGGUAGUGCAGAGGAACAAAAUGCCAGCUGGACGAGUGGCUGGCAAAGCCGGCUACUCAAAUCACUAUUACAAUGGUCGCUCCUAUGUCGGCAUCAACGAGGAGAUCAUGUGGGUGAGUAUUGGGAUGGGCGUGACCAUCGCCCUCCUGAUUACGAUCGCCCUGUGUUACAUAGCCCGAGAGAAGUGCCAGAAACGGCAGCGGGAGUACUACGUGACGGCAUAGUUGUUGUAUGCGGCCUGCCACACGACGGGAGAGGAGGCAGGGGCAUGGACAGGUGCAACGGAGGUCCUGCAGGAUAAUCUGUUGGACCAGUUAAAGGCGGAGCCCAUGAAAUCGCACUGCAGCCUGGAUAUGGAAUGGAAAUCUGGAGAGGGAGAUG